AUGAUCAACAAUUUUGCGCUAAUUGUUCUCAUAUCUCGCUACCAAUUUCUCGAGUGUGUCAAACACUCUCAUCCGUGGCUGACACCACAAUUUCGGCUUAACGAUAUUCAAAAAACCGCCGACGCUGAUAAUUUAACACAAUGGAAAGAGAAUUUCGCGUUUCGGAAGGUCUCGUCAACGAAUAAUCUGUUUUGCAAGAUAUAUGGCUACUGUAGAGAAUACGAAAUGGGACUUUCGGUGAUUAAUAUUUUGACAAAAUGGAAGAACAUGGGCCUCAUUUAUCCGUAUAAGAAAUACGACGGCCGCGCGGAUCCGAAUUUUCCCUAUUCGAAAUUGCAAUCAUUCGUCAGCACAAUGCGUCAGAAAAACAAUUUUUAUUGA